UCUAGAAGCGCCUGUAGAGCGAGUACCGCAGAUCAUCCUCCCUCCAUCAACAUGUUCAACAGCCUCCUCGGACAGUUUGAAGAAGACCCUUUCUUUUCCUCCUCAAGGUAGGCGCUUCUGCAUGCUGUCACUGCUUCUCAACACUGGACAGCAGCUGUUUAUCGUACAAAACGACCCAUUCCAGGUCCAUCAUGAGCGCAUGCGGCAGAUGAUGAGGGGUUUCUCUGACCCCUUCGGUCAGGGCUUCAUGCCCAGCAUCACAGAUGGCCGUCACAGGGGGAACAGGGGCGCGGGCCAACCUAACACGAGCCUGAACCUUCGCAGUGACCGAGAGCUGGAUUUCUUUGGCAAUCCUUUCUCUAUGAUAGACAGCAUGAGGAACAGGAUGGAGGCAAUGCACAGAAACUUUGAAAACAUGGCUUCAGACUCCAACAGCCACUCAUUUUCCUCGUCUUCUGUCAUGACAUACUCUAAAAUGGGAAAUGAGCCGGCAAAAGUGUUCCAGGCCUCAGCUCAGACCCGCUGUGCUCCUGGAGGAUUAAAGGAGACCAGGAAGAGUCUGAAGGACUCUGAGAGUGGACUAGAGAAGAUGUCCAUUGGCCAUCACAUCCAGGACAGAGGCCACGUCAUCGAGAGGAAGGAGAACAGGAAAACCGGAGAGAAAGAACUCAACCAGGACUUCCAGAAUAUGGAUGAAACGGAGGCCCAGUCCUUUGAUGAUGAAUGGCAGCGUGAGGUGUCCAGAUUCCACGUUUCUUCUCCCAUGUCCCGUCUGGAAGCACCGAGACAUCGAGCGGUACACCGAGCAGCCAUCACAGGACCACCAGAGACACGCAGAAAUGCCAAAGCAGCUGCAGGAAAUCAAGCCCAUUACAAUGAGUUGAACAUUAAAGGCUCCAAUGUGAAGAAUCACUAAACUCAUUCACAAUAAAACACCACUGCUGCUGCUUCUUACUGCAGUUUCCUCAUAUCUGCCAUUGACUUUCUGAUGCCUGUGUCACACCACAAACUUGAGCAGCAUGUGAACUUCUGCUGCGCUCUGUACUAGAAGUUAUUUCUAGAUAACUCCAGUAGAGUUUUUCUUUUCUUUUUAUAUAAUGACCAUAUGUUUUAAAAUGGUUAUCAGUAGUGGGUCAUUGAUAAGCAUUAGAGCUGGUCUUUGAUUAACAGUACAUAAUCUGCUGGGUAAGUCGUGACUUGUCGAAUACUGUUUCCUGGUCCAAGAUUUUUCAGUAGUACUACAGAACACCAUGAGUGUAUAUCAGCACUGUUUGUUGUUUGCUUUUGGGAUGUGAAGGAGCAUUUGGACCUGGAUGAUGACAUGUGAACUCGGACAGUAUCCAGGUAGCAGAACCAGAGUUGGGAUCCAGUGCUGUAAAGCACUUAUUGAUGCUGUCCAUGUGUUUAUUCUGCAGUCAUCACCAUAAACCCUCUAAAAACCUUCCUCUGUACACAUUUGUUUAAAAAACAGCAUGAAAGUAGAGUUUUUAUAUAAAUGUUUCUCAUAGUGUUUUCCUCCUGACUUGAAGAUACGCUUCACUUUUUCUCAUUUCAAGAGGUACAUUUUUUGAGAACAAACACUGAGAACAAAAGAAAAUGCUAUCACAAUAAAUGCAUUUAAUAUGGCUAUUAGUUAAUAAAGUCUUUAUCCUGCUUGUUUCA